GUUGGCACUCUUUAUUCUUAAUGCAUACGUACCCACUUAUUUACAUAUACGUAUUAAUUACAUUUUCUAUAACCUAAAUUACAUAUAUAUAAAGUUCUGGAAUAAUAAUAUGUGUGAAAAUGUAUAAAAUUGAAGAUUUUAAUGAUUAAUCAUUGAUUUUUUAAAAUUUUGUUUAAAUUCGAUUGCCAAUUAAACUGUGAAGUGUAGUUAAUGUUCGUUUCAGAGCAGUAUUAAAUAUUCCUUUCAUUGAACCAUCUUAUUAUAGAUUACUUCACGGAUAAAAUGUGCGUCCAAGGCUGUGUCAUUAUAUGUUAGUAGUGAUGUGGAACUGCAAUAGUAAAAUUAUGACGGAAAAGAAUUUGUUUAUUAAAAUAUUAUUUUUAGUUAUUGCAAUAAUAUUUAGUACAAUAUCACAAUGUUCCUCAGUUUUAUCAGACAAACGACUCUGCUACGAUCCUAACUGUUCCGAACCUAUUUCAUUAGCUAGAACAACAAUUAAAUAUAUUCCAAAUGAAUUGGGAUUAUUAUCGUUUAAUGUUAAUGAAAAAGUCACAGUUUAUAGUAAAGAAGCAGGCAAGAGAAAAGAUUUGUGGGGUGUAGAGAUAAAUGGCAAACAUGGAUAUGUAUCAAAGUCAUUUAUAAAAGAAUAUAAAAUUUUACAUAAGGAUUUACAAUAUGAAGUGUCUAUUGAUCCAUUAUUUAAUAAUAAUGUUUCAUCCAAUAAUAAACUUCAGCCUAAGCAAAGAAAAAAUAAAUCGGUAUUUGAUAAAAAGGAUACUAAACAAAUUGAUAAUUUGAAUUUAAAAUCCACAAAAGAACUGCCACAAAAUGAAAUUGGUGUAACUCCAUCUUAUCAGAUUAUUGAUGGAACUACAGUUCACUUAAAUCAUAAUGAACCUUCUAUAGAACCAACUCUUAUAAAAGAUAUCAUACAAGCAACAGUAGUGCCAAAUGAACAAAGUGCUAUUGAUGAAGCAUUAAUGAACACAAAAGAUAAAUUAGAAAGUAAGGAAGAAAUUGUUGAAGUUGAUAUUAAAGAUUUUGUAAUAAGUUCAGAAAAAAUAUUAGAUUUACCAGAUCUAAUACAUAGUUCACCAUUAAAUGUAAGUGCAAUUUCUGAUAAAAUAGAAUAUGUAACAGAGAAUAAAAAUGAGUCAUUUAUUGAAAAAGAUGAAAAAGAUGAAAAAGAUCAAUCAUUAAAAAAAGAUGAUGGUACUAAUGAUUUACCUAUAUCUGAUAUUUCUAAAGAAACAUCAAAUAUUAAAGGUGAAGAAAUAGUUGAAUUAAUUAAAAAAGAUAAUAUCAAUUCCAAUGAAGUAAUUGAAAAUAUUGAUACCAAACUACAUAUACAAAAUAUAGAAAAUACGGAUCAAAUUAAAGAACCAGAUAUUUUAUCAUCAAUCAAUCAUAUUAAAACAGAUUUACAAAAUACAAAAAAUUCUAAUGAAAUUGAUGUAAAAGAUAAUGAAGCCUUAGAAAAUGUUGUAAAUGAAACUAAAUUAGAAAUACAGAAUGCAGAAAUAAAAGAUAUUCAAACUUCCCAAAAUGAUACAAUAAUUGCAACUAGUGACAUUGAAGUAGAUAUACAAAAUAUGGAAAAUUCUUAUAAAAUUGAAAUAAAAGAUCUUCAAUCUCCAGAAAGUAUUAUGCCAACAUCCAAUGAUAUUACAUCAAACAUACAAAGUGUAGAAAAAUCUAAUGAAUUUGAUGUUAAAGAUAUCCAAUUUUCACAAAAUGUUACAAUAAGUACAAUCAGUGAUAUUAAAUCAGAUGUACAAAAUGUAGAAAGUUCUUCUGAAAUUGAGAUAAAAGAUAUUCAGUCUUCAGAAAAUAUUAUAAUUACAACUAAUGAAAUUACAUCAAAUAUAUCAAAUAUAGAAAAUUCUGGUGGAAUUGAAAUAAAUAAUAAUAUGUUAUUAGAAGAUAUCACAAUUAAUACAAAAAAUAUGCAAUAUUUUGAAAAUGUCAUUCAAUCAAAAUCAAAUCAAGAUAAUAUAAAAAAGGAAGAAGAAAAUACAAAUAUUGAAAAUUUAAGUAAAUAUGAUAAUGAUCAAGAUUUAUCAUCAUUAUUUCCCACUCAAAAUAUAAAAGAUAAAAUGUCAGUAAUACCAUCUACUGAGAAUACAGAAUCUACUGAAACAGAAAAUAUUGAACAACAUAAAGAAGCAAUAUCAAAAAUUGAAUCUAAUUCAAAAAAAAUUGUAGUUGAUAUUGAAGAUACUAUACUAGUAAAAGAAACAAGUUCAGAUGAUUUAAAAAAUAAUGAUAUUUUAUUUGUAACUAAAGAAACACCUGAAAAUAUUUUUCAUGAAAUAGAAGUUACACCUCCUAAUGUUUGUAUAGCUGAUAAUGUCGAAUGUUCUUCAGAAGAUGUUCAAAAGUAUUACUCAUAUCAUGAACAAACUUCUCAGAAUGGUGAAAAUGCUAUAAUAAGUGGAACACAGAUUGAAAGUAAUCAUUGGUUAACACUAAUGUAUUUAAGUGUCACUGCUAUUGCAACGCUUAUAUUUUCCUUAGGGUACUAUUGCAUUGAGAAUAUGAGGAGUGAUAAACAACUGAUAGCUAGAAUCAACAAACUUGAAAAAGAUUUACUUAUUUCAGAAGCAGAAUGUACAAUGGUAAAUGAAAAUCUAAAAUCAACAAAAGAAAAGUUAAACCGUAUGGAAGAUGAAUCAUUUGGGUCUGAUGAAAUGGUAAUUUCUUUAAAAAAUGAUUUAAAAGCUUCACAGAUUGCAAAAGCAGAAUUAGAAGAUCAAGUAGCUAUGUUAGAGAAAGAUCUAGAAAGUGCUACUGAAGCUGGAUUAGAAUUAGAAAAAAUGUUGCGAGAAGUUCUUUCAUCGAAUAAUGAAGUUAAUCCUUUAGCUCAAUCAGUAGAAGAUUUACAAACCAGAUUGAAUGCUCAACAAGCUGCAAACGAAUCUUUAACGAAUGCUUUAAAUCUUAAAACUCAAGAGCUUGAAUUCGAUAAACUUGAGAACGAAUCUUUAUCAACAGAACUUGCAUUUAUUAAAAAAAAAUAUGAAGAAUUUGAAGUUGAAUUUACUAGAGUUACAGAAAAUUUAAAAUUGGAAAUCAAUAGUAAAAACAAUGCCGAACAAACGUUGAUCGAUAAGGUGCAACAAUUAGAAAUGCGACUCAAAGAAAUUUCUAUUGAAAAAGCAACUUUAGAAAAAGAAUUGAAAGGUAAAGAAGUAGAAAUAAAAGAUCUUGUAGAUGUUAUUAAUCGAUUGAAUUCUAAUAACUUGGAUUUAGACAAGUUAUAUGAUGUAUCACAUAUUAAAGCAGAGGCAAAAACAUUGUUUGAAGAAAGAAAUGAAUUAAAAAUACGAUUAGCUGAGAUUGAAGGAGUUCAUAAUUUAUUAGAAGAACAUGUAAAGGUCGUUAAAGAAGAAAUGGCAACUUUGACUGAACAAUGCAAAAUAGCAGAAAAAGAAAAGAAAGAUGCAGAAACACGUCUCGAAGUAUUGACAAAUUUUUUCGAAGAAAAAGAGGCACAACGCCAAAAGGAAGAAGCUAUUUGGUUGCAACAACAAGGUGAAGUUGUAUCCACUGUAGAACGAAUACAAACAAUGCAAAAUGAAAUACAAAAUUAUAAACAACAAGUAGAAGUAUUGAAACGUGAAAUAUUAGAUCAAGAAAGAGAAUAUAAAAAUCAAAUUUCUUUGCUUGAAACAAAGGCACAUGAACAAUGGGUUGUAGCCCGUCAAGUUGAACGUCGUUUAGAAGAAUCUAAAGUUGAAGCAGGACAAUUACGUAAUCGUCUUACUUUAAUAGAAAAGAAUAUAAAUGAUGUAGAUCCUGAAGUAAAAUUGCAUCGACGCAAGCGAUUCUCUAAAGUGAGACAAUUUUGGAGUACUAUGGAAGGAAAUAAUUGCAAAUAAAGUGCAAUAUAUCAGGUUGAAUGUUUCAAGAUUGAUUUUGCUAAUAAUACAGAAAUUUUUAUUUCUAUCGAUACAGAAUAUGUACGAGGCGACAAAAUUAAAUUAUAAAGUUUUUUGAAUUUUUAUUAUAUACCUGUAUGAUAUAUCCUGUAUCGAUUUUUUAUUAUUUUAACAAUAUUGUUAAUAUUUAUUAAUAUUAUUGUUAAAAUAUAUUUUACAUAAAAUAUACUUGUAUAAAAUAUAUUUGUGAUUUGAAUUUAAUAUUCUUAUAUCGUCUAUUAUAUACGUACAAUAUUAAGGUCGUCCUAUUUAAAAUUUUUAUUUAUUUUUACAUAAUAAUUUUCUAAAAUUAAUAAUUUUUUUCUUCAUAUUUGUAAUUAAUAAUAACAAAAAAUAAGAUAAUAACUACAAUAUGUUAUUCACAAUUUAAUACUUUUCUCAGGUUCCUUACAUUCUUCAGGAGAAUCACUAGACAAGUCACACCAUAACAGCAAAGUUUGAAACUUCUAUUUUGUUAUAAAAUAAUUCGUAUGUGCGUUCAACUUGUCAUUAUUAAUAAUUGAGAUAUUCAUUAACAAAAAAAUUCAAUAAAUAAAUAACAGUGAUGCAGAACAUAUUAAUGCUAAUAGAACAAGCAUUUAUUACUUCAUGAGAAAUAAAAUUAUGCAUUUUUGAUAUGGUUUUUGUUGUAAUAAACAUAUAAUUAGUUCAUUAUAAAAAAUAUAUUUGUUAAUCAUCACUGAUAUUUAAAAAAAAAAAAGAAGCAAAUUGUAUAUACGUUUAAUUAUUUCUUAGGGAUGUAUUGAAAUAUACAAAUAGUAUAAAUUGUAAAAAAAUUUCUUUAUAUAGUUAUAUAUAAUUCUUUAAUCAAAUUGAAAAAAUUAUCGUCUUUGUAAAUCAUUCAAACGGGAAAUAAAUUGUAAUAUGAAUUUAGAUUAAAUAAUUGUUAUAUAAGAUUUUAAAAAAUUGAAAUAAAUUGUAAUUUAUAUUAUUA